AUGGAGGAGCAAAGCCGAGUGUUGACACGUUUGGACAGAAGCCGAUCUGCUUCGUGCUUUUUCCACUUUGGCAAAUCCUCCAAAAGGCUCCAAACUCACGGAGAGAAGAAGAGUCCCGCAGCAGAGUCCAGUCGCUGUGUCAAGAUCUCACUGGGUGUGCAGCAGCCACGCGCUCCUACGGCCACGCGCUCCGACGGCCACGCGCUCCGACGGCCACGCGCUCCUACGGCCACGCGCUCCGACGACCACGCGCUCCUACAGCCACGCGCUUCUACGGCCACGCGCUCCGACGACCACGCGCUCCUACAGCCACGCGCUCCUACGGCCACGCGCUCCGACGACCACGCGCUCCUACAGCCACGCGCUUCUACGGCCACGCGCUCCGACGACCACGCGCUCCGACGGCCACGCGCUCCGACGGCCACGCGCUCCUACGGCAGAGAAAAAUGCUUGGUUCGGCCUCUGUGCUCUGGCAAAGCUGCAGUCAAGGCCAGAGCCGAGCAGGCGCUAAUGGCUGGAGAUGACGGUGAGUGCGGCCCAUUAGACGUGACCACCAACCUCGUUACGCACUUCCAGCAGAAAGGAGACGGCCAUGCUACUGUCGGCAGUGUCAGAAGAGAGGGCUUAAUGACGCGAUCCACUGAGCCCGCAAAUUUGGCCCGGCAGGAACACGGGGACGCCACAUCAAAAUAUGGAAAUGCCGAGUUAUUGUCGGAGGAAGAAGAGAGAAGAAGAAGUCCUCGGGGCUCUGGUGCGAAGAUGGAGUGUGAGAUGUGUCUGAAGGCGGACGUGGCCAAAUGA